AUGCCCUGGGUGGCUGGUCCCUGGUGGGGCCAGUGGCUGCUGAUCUUGGCCCACUGGGACCUGUGCACCAAGACCGUGGGAUGGUCUGCGUACGAACCUCUGCUGCUGCUGCAGGUCCAGCCGGUCUCUCGCAGGAAGCUGCAGCUUGUCGGCGUGACGGCCAUGUUGGUGGCCUGUAAGUACGAGGAGAUGUACGCUCCAGAGGUCGGGGACUUUGCCUACAUCACAGACAACGCCUUCACCAGGUCUCAGAUUCUGGAGAUGGAGCAGCUGAUGCUGAGGGCCCUCAACUUCCAGCUGGGACGCCCGCUGCCGCUGCACUUCCUCAGACGAGCCUCCAAGGUGGCAAACUCUGACGUAGAGAAACACACUCUGGCCAAGUAUCUGAUGGAGCUGACCCUCCUGGACUACGACAUGGUGCACUACCGGCCCUCUGAGAUCGCCGCCGCCUCCCUGUGUCUCUCCCAGCUGCUGCUCGACGGGCUGCCGUGGUCGCCCACACAGCAGCACUUCUCGACUUACGACGAGGCCCACCUGAAGCCCAUCAUGCAGCACAUCGCCAAGAACGUGGUGCAGGUGAACGAGGGGAAGACGAAGUUUCAGGCUGUGAGGAACAAGUACUCGAGUAGCAAGCUGAUGAAGAUCAGCCUCAUCCCUCAGCUGAAGUCGCCCAUCAUCAGCAACAUGGCGGCCGCUUUUCUCAAGGAUCCCUGAGUCCAAC